AUGACGAAAGCUACUAAAAGUAUUCUGUGGUAUUUGAAAGAGUCCCGGACGGACGUGCAGUUUCAUUUGGCAGCUCUACGAGGUGACUGUGAUCGACUUCGGCAACUUCUGGACACUGGGAAGGUGCACAUUGACUCCAGAGACAGGAUUGAACAAGGUACGAUAUGUCAACAGGAUGGCACGACGCCUCUGAUACUGUCGGCUGCAAUGGGUCAUACAGAAUGCGUGCGUGAACUGCUCGCACAGGGUGCCGACCCGGCCUGCUGUAGAACGACAGGAACGAACGCACUGUUCUUUGCGGCGCAGGGCGGGUUCCUGGACAUCGCGCGGCUGCUGCUGGACGCCGGCGCAGACAUCGACGCCCCCAGCACGGACGGGGGCACGCCGCUGUUUGUGGCGUGUCAAUGUGGACACCUGCCCGUCGUCGAGGAGCUGCUGCGGCGCGGCGCGGACGUGAACGCCUGCAUGAAGGUCGUCGUUCACAUAGUCAUUUUUGUCGGUUGAAAUGAGUUCCUCUACUUUUUUGAAUGUACACUUAUAUUACAAGAUUUCCUAACUUUGUUUGGAAGGGGUAAUUUUCGGAACGGUCGACGUGUGCAGGACAAGGCGAGUCCGCUGUUCAUCGCGGCGCAGAACGGGCACGACGACGUGUGCGCGGCGCUGCUGCGGGCCCACGCGCAUGUGGACGCGCCGCGCGCCGACGCCGCCACGCCGCUGUGGAUAGCGGCCCAGUGCGGGCACGACCACGUGGCCGCGCGCCUGCUCGCGGGGGGGGCCCGCGUGGACGCGCUCAGGCAGGUGUGUAUACAUACGGCCCCGACGCCGCCACGCCGCUGUGGAUAG